AUGUCAAGUAAUAGCUACAAGAAAGUUGGAUUAGAACUAGCUGCUGCAUUAUGCGUUAAUAAAGCUAUGACAAGAUUGAAUAUUGCUUAUUGUGGUGUACAAGAUGAAGAUACUAUAACAAAAUUAAAACUUUCAACUGGUCAGAUUGGACCAAAUGCAGUACAGUAUUUUGUAAAAGCAUUCAAAUAUAAUAAAACGGUUACGUCAUUUGACAUGGUAUUUGAUCCGAUGCAAGACGAUGAUUGGAAUUGUUUAGCAGAUUUAUUAAAAGUGAACGAAACACUCACUUCACUAAAAGUACUUGUUUCUGAUACAAAAGAAAGAGAAUUUCAACACUUGGUCAAUGCAUUAUCAGAAAAUAAAACACUCACUUCAAUCAAUUGCUGGAGCACGAACAAACCAUUUCCAGGACUUAAAUGUUUUGCAGAUAUAUUACCUGAUAAUACGACACUUACGACUCUUGAUCUUGAAUCAAAUGAUGUUGAUGAUAAAGGAGUAAAGUUCUUGGCUGAUGCGUUAAAAACGAAUAAAGUAUGGUAUUUAUUAAGUUUACCUCAUGAACAAUUUUAA